GCACGUCCAGCCCGGAACCCAGAGGAAGAGGAGGAAGGGUCGGGUCUGGAGAAUCUGGUUGGAGAGUUAGGCAGGAGUCCCGGCGGUGCAGACGCGCGCGGCCGGCCGCGAGCAGUUACCAGUGGAGUGAAACAAAGCUAUGUGCCUGUUCCUGUACUUUUUAGCGUGAUGAUUUCAACAGUGUUGUCAGAUACCUUCAAUGAGGAUGACAACAGCAUCAAGGUCGGCUACCACACUAAUGCUGGGCCAGAAGGAUGAAAGAGGCGGAAAAGCUGGAGAGCGUCCGAGAAGACUGGGCUUGUGACCCUGGAGCCGAGGACCAGAGCCUCCAUGGCGGCCCAGCCAAGAGCUGCGAGCUUUUCUUUGACAGCCUCUUGGCAGAAGCCCAGAAAGUCAGCCCCGAGUGCUCGCCCUCGCCUGAGAGGAGACAGGCUGACGUGAGCAUCAAGCUCUGGAAGAAUGGUUUCACCGUGAAUGAUGAGUUCCACAGUUAUAGGGAUGGAGCCAGCCAGCAGUUCCUGAACGCCGUCAGAAAGGGAGAGCUGCCUUCGGAGCUGCAAGGGAUGUUUGACAAGGAGGAGGUGGACGUGAAGGUGGAGGAGAAGAAGGAGGAGGUGUACGUGUCCAAGAAGCCCACCUUCCAGCCCUUCUCAGGGCUGGGCCACCGGCUGGGCAGUGCUACCCCAAGAGUAGUUUCCAAGGUCAGCAGCAGUGACUGUGGGAACCCAAAGGCUCUGAUCUCCGUCCCCUUGAACCCCUCGGAACCCAUCACCAGCAUCCAGAUCUGGUUAGCCGAUGGGAAGAGGCUCGUGCAGAGAUUCAAUGUGUCCCACAGGGUGAGCCACGUCCGAGACUUCAUCAGGAACUACGAAGGCUCCCACAGGAAUUGGCCCUUCACCCUGGUCACUGCUCUUCCUGCCCUCAAGCUGCUAGAUGACACCCUCACACUGGAGGAGGCAGAUCUGCAGAACGCUGUGGUCAUCCAGAGACGCCAGACCGCACAGGCCCCUCUCCAGGGCCUGUCCUAGCCCUGACACCGGACGGCCCACCCUGAGUGACCCCCCAGAGGAAGGGCAUGGGGGUGCGGGGGCCAGUGAGUGGGAGGUAGGGCAGUAGACCCAGACACAAGCGCUGCCCUUUGGGCCCUUCUCCUGCAUUGACCUUUGGGGCAGAUGCUGCUGCUUCCUUCAGAGGGAAUGUGGGUAGCAUGAGCCAGCUGCCUUCUGGGCCCGUUGGCACGUCAGCCUUUUCCUCCCUGAGAUCGCAGGCUGGGAGCCAGGUGGUGGCUGCUCUGGCGUCCUCAGGAGCGGUGGGAUGUUGCUGUGGACAAUGCGUAUCUUAGAUCUGGUUUGUUCUACAAAUGGCAUUUUUUCGAAGUUGUAGAUGCUUCACCAUCUCCUGCCCUCGGGACUCACUGCCUCUUCCUCUGCCAGAUGCUGGGACUGACCCAAGCUCCCUGUGGUAUCCGGCCAGUGACCCAUGUCCCUGGUUCACCAGCGGUGUCCUCCCUCUGGUACCUCAUUGAAGGGCUCAUCAGGGUCCGUCCCUCUGCCUGUCUCUGUCCAAAAGAGAGACUUGCUUCUGUCUGGAGUUCUAAGUGAUGCAGCUACUGAGCUCCCCGAGAGGCCUUGCGGUGUUCUUUGUGCAGUGAUGUUAAGUAGAGGUGAUGGAAUCAGAGUAAGAAGCAGGAGAAGCACAGAUAAAUAGGCCUGAGGUGAGGGUCUCCUUCCUCGUUUGUAGGGAGCCCCACAUCUCAGCCUCCACAGAAACAGGAGGCUGGAUCCGAGCAUCCUACAUAGUGCAGGCUACGUCAUGAUCUUCUUCUGUAUGUCUGUGGUCAAGGCUCUUUUUUGGACCCCAGGAAAAUGCUGCAAAUAAACCACAAGUCUUUCUCCAGACAUAGGGAAAGGAAAUCAUGUGCGUGCAGCAUGGCUGCCCCUCCACUGGGUUUUCUGGGGAUGUUGGGGCCUGCAGACCAGUGGGGCCACCUCCCAGAAACCAUCAGGAGAGCCAUGCACUGCUCCUGACAUUUUAGGAUAGCCGCUAUUUAGAGGGAAAAGCAGCUGGAAAUGGUAGUGACACCCAGCCGCCAAACCCACCUGUCCCAGACCCCUCAGAAGAGGGAGGGAGGGAGGCUUGGCGGCCUCCGUCUAUGUUUGCUUUCCUCAGGGAUGUGGAGGAGGCUGCUUCGUUGGAGGAUUGACUUUCCACCAGAUACACAGCCCUAACAGUUGUACCCCCCCCCCCCCCGCCCAGCAUCAUCAGUACCUUCCUGGCCUUGGCAGAAUGCCUGGAGGAUGGGCAGCUGCCCCCUCGGGAGGUGUCAGAGGCACCACCUGCUGCUCCAUGCUUCAGGGUGUCUCCAGAAUCUCAAGAAGGACGCUCAGCCUCUUGGGCGGAAAAUCGACCUUUUUGGAGCUGUGGGGGCUGCUGCUAAUGUGCAUCAUUUCAGGAUCUUUCAGUAACGAGAAAGAGCCACCAGUGUCCCCGGAGGCUUGGAGAGCUUUUUGGAAGCCUAAUUGUGAGGAAUGAUCCUGACCUCCCACUGUUAAGAGGGGCCAGAGCCUCCACUGGCAGGACUCCAGGGCGGCAGCUGACAGCAGCGUGCUGCUCCCUGUGCUAGGGGUGCGCUGGCUGCGUCCUUCAAGCCAGGCGGACCCUGUCUCUGUGCAGCAGCGCUGUCGCGAGUCUGUGGGGUGAUGGUGACGAGCUGACUUCAGUGCCUUAAAGCGAUCGGGAAGACAAUUUGUCGAGAAGGGGUAGGGAUUGUUCCCUUCAGUAUGAAAUGGUUUGUAAGAAAUUCAUUUGAAUCAAUCGAUGUGUGUGUUUCUGAGAGCACAGUGACAUGCGUAGCCGCGGCUUCCCCCUGUCCUUGGCGAUUCGUUCAAUAUGGCAACUUGGUGUUUUCAAUAAACUUCGAAAAAAUGCAAA